AUGUCGGUAGUUUUCACCUUCCAUGGAAAACAGAAAGAGCAACCAGCAGUGGGGUGUUCAGAACAGUUAUUGUCCAGAAAUGAAGGUAGCAUGUUCUCCCCACCUGUCCUGGACAGAAAUGCUACGGCGUACCCGGUAGGCGACGCGCAGGUAGAUCGCCGUUCACCUGUGAGAAAUGGACUACGGCUACCGUAUCAAGAGCGGAUACGGCUAAAGAAGCUAGCUCAGAGAAGGAAAGUACUGUGGGUGGGUGGUGAUUUGAAUGGACAUGUGGGCGAAGGCUAUACAGGAUCAAGUGAGUGCAUGGGUAGGCAUGGAGUAGGUAUACGUAAUGACUACAGUGAUCGUAUUGUAGACUGGGCAACAGCAGGAGGUAUGGCAUUAGUCAACACAUACUUCAUGAAACUAGAACAACAGAAGAUUACCUACAAAAGUGGCAAUAGUAAUACACAGAUAGAUUACAUAGCAUGCAGGAGGCAACAACUAAAGGAUCAGAAAGGAAUACGGAAAACGAAAUGGUGGAAACUCAAGGAAACCGAGUGUCGAGAGAAAUUUGUACAAAAUGUAGAGAUGGAGUUAGAAAAAGGGGAAAGAAACUGGGAGACUGUCAGUGACAAAAUUAGAAAAAGUGCAAAGGAAACGCUUGGGGAAAGUUCCGGGAAUAAGAAAGAAGGUAAGGAGACCUGGUGGUGGAACGAAGAGGUACAGUUGGCAGUGAAGAGAAAGAAGGAAUGUAAGAAGAAUAGGGACCACAACAGAACGGAAGAGACCAUGAAAGCGUUCAAAGAAGCUAAUAAGACAGCUAAGCAUCCAGUUGCUAAAGUGAAGGCCACAGCAUAUGAAGAACUGUACGACAGUCUAGAAAAUGGUCAAGAUGGAAUUAUCAAGGCAUUGAGAAUUGGCAAAGAAAAAAAUAAAAACUCGCAAGAUGUGUAUCAAGCAAAGACAAUAAAGAAUGCCAAUGGAAAUAUCCUAAGCAAUGACGAACAGAUAAAGAAUCAUUGGAAAAAAUACUUCCAGCACCUGAUGAAUGUUGAAAAUGAACAUGAACAUAGAAGCAUCCAACCAUCGGAAGGGGAACCCGUGGAAAGAAUUACUGAAACUGAAGUGAAAGUUGCCUUGAGAAAAAAUGGGAAGAGUGUUGGCACUGACAACAUACCAGCAGAAGUUUGGAAACACCUAGGAAAUACAGGAGUGGAAUUACUGACGAAAUGGUUUAAUGACAUCUUAAACACUGGUACUAUGCCUGAGGAAUGGAGAACCAGCACACUGAUCCCCAUCUUUAAGAACAAAGGGGACAUUCAGGAAUGCGGGAACUAUAGAGGCAUAAAGCUCAUAUGCCAUUUACGCACUACAGUUGCUGAUGGAAAAGUACAGGGAAGGACAGCAGGAGCUGCACUGUGUGUGUUUAUUGACUUAGAAGAAGCCUACGAUAGAGUCCCUAGAGAAGAAGUGUGGAAUUGCGUAAGACUAAAAGAAGUCCCAGAGAGCUACAUAAGAUUAGUACAGGAUAUGUACCGUAAUACGUCAACAGAAGUUAGAUGCCAGUCAGGGAAAAGCAAGAAAUUUGAGAUAAAAGUAGGGGUACAUCAGGGUACGGCACUCAGUCCAUUAUUAUUUGCAGUUGUCAUGGAUUGUCUGACAGAGGAAUUACGAAGGCCAUCAACAUGGGAUAUAAUGUAUGCUGAUGAUGUGGUCAUAUGCACCAAUGAUAGAGAGACAUGCGAAGAGAAACUAGAGCAAUGGACUCGAGCCCUAGAGAGGCGCGGUAUGAAAGUAAGCAGAACGAAGACGGAGUACCUCAAUACCGGUAAUGGGAUGCAGAGAGUUGGAAGUAUCAGCUUAGGAGGUGAAAGGGUACAACGAGCAGUGGAAUUUAAAUACCUAGGUUCAACAGUACAAGAAGAUGGUGGAUCAGAAGCAGAAGUGUCGAAGAGGAUACAGGCAGGCUGGAACAGCUGGAAAAAGGUUACAGGGGUUAUUUGUGACCAAAGAGUUAGUGCAAAAGUGAAGGGCGGGAUUCAUAGAACUAUUGUAAGACCUGCAAUCAUGUAUAGACUGGAAGCUACAGCACUCACUAAAGCCCAAGAAAGAAGGUUGGAAGUAGCGGAAAUGCAAAUGCUGAGAUGGUCGUUAGGCCUGACACGAAGAGAGAGAGUAAGGAACGAGUGUAUCAGGGAAAGGUUAAGAGCACCAAGGAUGCAAGAUAAAGUAUGUGAGGGACGGUUGAGGUGGUAUGGACAUGUACGAAGGAGAGGCGAAGAGAAUGUAGGUAGAAGAGUGGAGAAUAUGAAGAUUGGAAUAAGGAGACAAGGAAGACCAAGAUGGAGGAUGUAUGACUGCUACCGUGAGGACAUGAGGGAAGUCGGAGUCCGAGAGCGUGACGCGCAAGACCAAAACAGCUGGAACCAGAAGAUCCGCACCAGCGACCCAUGA